CUCCCUUCGAAGAAACAGCAGACUUGAUCCAACUCAGGUGAUACGGUUGACAUCUUAUUGUUCUAUUUGGAAUAGUUAAUUGCCUGAAGUCUAACGUUGACAUCAAUCAAUAUCUUUAUUCCUUGCCAUAUACAAAGAUGUAGUGCCACUCAUUGCUCGUCUGUUUACAGCAAGUUUGAUGUCACUCGGCUGUAGUUGACUUGAGUUCGGUUGUGAGGCUGUGCGACUGUUGUUUUGCUCUUAAUGUAAAUGAGGAAGAAGUUUAUGGUAAUCUUAGGUAAAUAAUUCAAGGGAAAUGAUUGCAAGAUCAUAGAAUAUAUGAAAUAUGGGAGUAACUCUUUCGUUGUCAAGAAUAACGAAAACCUACUCAAACUACAGUAUAGUCUAUUCAGAAUAUGCUUAAGCAGAGAUAUCUUAAAGCUUAUGCAGAAAACUAAAGUUAUAGUUUGGAGAGAUUAUCAAAAAUAAGUAUCAUUCUCGUAACAAAAUUAAAGGCUAUCUGAAAUAAGUUGUAACCAAGGAAGAAAGAGAAAAUUUGCGCUCUAUAUUACAAAGUAAAGAAUCAUCUGACAGACUUAUUUUUCUUAGGAUUCAUAAGAGAGAGAGAGAGAGAGAGAGAGAGAGAGAGAGAGAGAGAGAAAGAGAGACGGGAAAUAAGUGAAGUCCUGCAAUUCCGAUGAGGCGUCCCAUCAAGAGACUUUUGAUGCAAGCCGUCCGUGCGAGGAUGGUGUGGCUGUGGCUGGCGGGUUACUCUGCCCGGGACAUCUCCGUCACUACAGGCACGAGCGUCUCCACUGUGUACCGCUGGUUGAGGAGGUGCCACAAGGCUCUCAAGGGGAUGGGUGGCUUGGCAGUACAAAGCACUGACGCCGGUGACCAAGAGCUCCAGAAUCAUUUGAAACUACAGUUGCAAAUGUAUUGUCUGGCGACUGCUGGCAGACAGUCACUCCACGCACAACAGAGCUUUUUUCAAGAGUCUGUGUUUAGCAAUCUGGCUGGUAUUUCCUAUAUAUACAAUAAUCUUUACAGUGUGGAAAUAUAGCAUAUAAUGUACUGUGCCUAUGUACUGCGUAUAAUUUAUAAUGUGUGCUGUGAUCAUGUGUACUGGACUGGGAGGCUUAGCCUGUGUACUGCACAGCCUAUGUAUUCCAUUGGGGGCUUGCUGCGCCUUUGCCCCUUCCCCCCUCCCCACGGACACCCCCCUUUUUUUUUUUUUUUUUCUAAUUAGUCACUGAGUUAUUCACUGUGAAGCCUUCAAAUAAUUGUGAAUUAGGAACGGAUUAUAGCUAUUUUCUUUUUCUUUUGGUGUAUAUUCACCAUUCUAUUGCUUGGUAUACUGUUGUAAUUGUUUCCAUUUAUCAUAAUAAGCUGACCUGUGCAUCAUCGCCUGUUGUGUGCAUCCAAAUACAUAACUUGCGUUUAAGGUAUUUUGAAAUUUGAUUUUGGGUUAAUCCGUGAAUUCUCAAGACAUUUUUUAAAUAUAGUAAAUAUGCAAAGAAAACAAUGAUUAAUGAAAACAGUAAUUGAUAAUUUUGAGAAUAAAAAGUGAUUUCUUGAAUUUUUUCAAAAGAGAAAACCUUCCAGCACAUGAAGGAAUGCAUUUACUGAAGAACUUCAUGCUUUUACUCCUGAGUCUGCUGGGGAAAGCACCGAUGGGCCAGAUGACACUGAUGACCCAGGUGGGCGCCGCACAGGUGAGCACGCUGGUGACCGGAUUGGUGAAGCAACACUUUUCGAAUUGUCAUCUGGUCCUGCUGACCACCAUGCCUCACUCACCUGUGUUCUCCGCUAUUCGAAAUCAAAUGAACGAGGGGACAGUGGUGGCAACUGAUACAAUGAGAGAGGACAGCUUACAGGAGGUCCUGUCAGGAGAGGUCACAACAGUUUGCCAAGUACUUAUCAUCCACUUCGAUCACACUAACGAGGCUACUAACGAAACUGCAUUGGUCUUCAGGCUAUUGGAACGUGCGGGAUUGUGGAAGAAACCAAAGACUCGAGUGGUUGUGGUCGGAAGCAGGACUUCGGUGAAAGACAUCCUUCUUCAUCACAGUCUCCGAAACACAAUGCGUGGCUUCUACCUUGCCUUUCAUUCUUCAGUCAAUUCCUUUCCUCGACACCUUCGACUGGCAGGACCUUCUGAAGAGCCUAUCAGCGGACGAGUCAGUGUAUUCCGGAGAUGUAUGUAUUGUGAUGGCGGCGAGCCUGCAGUUCGCUUGGUGGGCCGGAUGAACCUUGAGCUGGACCGAGAGAAACUCGGCAUUACUGAUCUCUCCUCAGCCCUUUCAGAACCCUUUAAGGAUCUACGAGGCCAUACCUUUGAAGUGACCACCGUGCCGUACUUCCCUUACGUGGCCUACUCGAGGGGCGCUCCGGAGCAAGGCAGCAAGGUGACGCUGCAAGACUCGCUCAAUGUCAGAAUACUCAGCACCGCCUCCGCUGCUCUUAACUUCACGUAUGAGGUGUGGGAAACUCCAGAUCGCUCUUUUGGGAACCUCAACGCCCAGGGCCAGUACAGUGGUCUAGUUGGCGAACUGCAGCGUGAGGAGUCCGAUUUCUGCCUCUUGCUGACCCCGACCUCUGAUAGACUUGAGGUGAUUGAUUACCUGCGUCUAGAACCGACCGACUACUUGGUGGUUCUGUCUGAGAAGCCCUCCCUACUGUCAGCUGUCAUGUCCUUCACGAGACCGUUCUCUAACGAGCUGUGGGUCGGCUUAGUGGUGGGCCUGAUAGUGUGGAGCGUGACGGCGUGGUUGCUGCAGCUACUCUGGAAAGCAGCAACAGGCGGUCCAGGUGUCAGUUUGGUGAGAACUCUCAUGUACGGCUGGGGUGCUCUUCUGGAGAAGCCGCCAGCGGAUCCUUCAAGGAAUUUUUCAGGCCAGAUGUUAGUGGGUUGGUGGCUGGUGUUUUGCUUCGUCAUUGUCACGGGGUUCAAGUCUUCGCUGAUUGCCCAUCUCACCGUUCAGGCUAAGUCCCAAACUCCAGAGGGGUUUCAGGAUCUUGUGGAAUUCGACAACUGGAGAUGGGGUAUUGAACCCUGGAUGCUGGAUGGACAGCUUCUCAACUACUUUGAGAAGAAUACAGACCAAGUAGUGCAGGAAGUGUAUCAGAGGAUGGAAAAGCUUCCUUUAAAGGAACUACUUCAGAAAGUUCUAGAAGGAAGAUAUUCGAUGGUCAGUGUCAAGAAUUACAUCAUGGUAAUUAUGGCGUCCAGCUACGUGGAUAAGUAUGGCCAGAUGCCCUUUCAUAUGGGCAGGGAGGAGCGGGGCAUCUUGGCCUGCUUCGGGUGGGGCAUCAGGAAAGGAGCUCCUUUUCUGGAAGCGUUCUUAAGUCUCGCGUCUCGCCUUGAGGAUGCAGGGCUAGUAAAGCACUGGACGGAGGUAGUGGUGGCGCAGCGCGUGAAGGAGACCAGGGCGAAGAAUGCUCCUAAGGCAACGAAUGUGUUUGGUUCACUGGAGGACGAGAAGGAGGUAGUUCUCAGUAUGGACCACCUGCAGGGCGCCUUCUACCUGUUGUUUCUCGGUUCAGGCGUGGCGUCUAUCACUUUACUGGCGGAGAUAACUGGGAACUGAAUCACAUGAGUUCACCUAUGACCGGACAGUGCUCAAAUGAACAUGACAGCAAAUAAACUUCAAAGAGAGAGAGAGAGAGAGAGAGAGAGAGAGAGAGAGAGAGAGAGAGAGAGAGAGAGAGAGAGAGAGAGAGAGAGAGAGAGAGAGAGAGAGAGAGAGAGAGAGAGAAGGAAAUGGUCUUUAUUCAUAUUGGGGGAUAAAGUAGCAUUUUUUCCUUAAUUGUGACGUUUAAUUCCACUGGGUAAGCGGAUGACAUCCCAGUUUUAAGAUUUCAUCGAAAAAAACAUUUAAAGCAGGAUGAACAUACUAUUGCUCACACCGUUUUCCACGAUGACUUCUUGGCGGGUAGGUUCAGAAGUUCAAGGCACUAGACCAGCAGGCCAGCAGUUAGACACCCCAUCGGCAACGCAAACAUUCCCUGUAACAACACGGAAACUUAACUCUUAUCGAUGUCAUUAGCAUUGUUUUAAGACUGAACAUCAUGGCACAGGUGGCCUCUCUCUCUAUAAUACACACGCACCCAAAGGUUAGUGAACGAGAGAGUGGUAGAGAACGCCACUUUUUUGGGCACAUUGUUGCAUCAAGUAAAAUUGGGGACGUUCUGAAUCCAGUACCUGAAGAGUCUAGAUUCCGUCAACGCCAUCACCCUGUGGGGUAAUACACACUCAUGAAGGUUCAAGCAUGUAUUACAGAAAUUCCCAGUCACUAAAAGUUUUCUUCCAUUUAGAUCAUCUAGUGGUGCUUCAAUUUCCCUUAUACUAUGAACGCAUGGAUUUUCCAUUAGGCUGAGUUGUCUUCGCGUACUGAAAAUCAUGGAUUAAUUUGCCAUUCAUUUUGCGUGUACCAUCACUAA